GCAUCUGAAGGAUGAAUGGUUUUGUGAACCUUUACUCCUCUCACUGAACCCUGCUUCAGAACCCACCCUGUCCCCCACUUUCUGCCCAGAGUCUGUCUCCUCCCCAGACUAGAUCACCGUGGCAGCUCUGGGCCUUCCAGUCCCCGGAGUCAAUACUGAGACCCCAGAUGUGUCCAGAGAUAUCCUGAACAGGCUGAGGGGCUGAGAAGCUUUAGGGUACUCAUUGGGAGAGUCCCGAAGCCGCCUCAGAGCCAGAGAAUUUGCCUACAAUUUGAGCAUCCUCCCAUUCUUCCCCACCUCAAUCCCUGUUGCUAUGGAGACCACCAAUGGGACCGAAACCUGGUAUGAGAGCCUGCAUGCUGUGCUGAAGGCUCUAAAUGCCACUCUUCACAGCAACUUGCUCUGCCGGCUGGGGCCAGACAAUCUGACCGUGGAGCAGCAGACCAGCCUGCCUGGCCGGAAUGACAACUCCUACAUGUAUAUUCUCUUCGUCAUGUUCCUAUUUGCUGUCACUGUGGGUAGCCUCAUCCUGGGAUACACCCGCUCCCGCAAAGUGGACAAGCGCAGCGACCCCUACCAUGUGUACAUCAAGAACCGCGUGUCUAUGAUCUGAGGCCAGGAGGUCUGGGUGGCUGACGAUCAAGACCUGAAGAUUGUCUUCUGGGGCCUCCAGAACUCAGCCAUGGAUCACACAGCUCUCAGUGUCCCUACCUGAAAGGUCAACCGGAAACAGUGAUAAGGGACGCCAUCCAUGGGCUGGGAGGAGAGGGGCAGGCCUGGGCCCUGUGGAUCCGGACUUUUUCCCAGCAAAGAUAGAUUUUAUAGAUAGUGGGAGCCCCAUGAACAAAUAUACAGAAGUAGCAAAAGAUAAUAACCAAUGACUGGUCCUGUGGCGGGAGUCCUGGGGGUUGGGGGUUAGGGGCUGGAGGAAGGAGAAGAGGAAGUUGUAGCAGAAGGAAAUGAAACAGGAAGAUGCACUGAGGACACGUUUUUUUUCUAAUGUGUUAUCUUCAAUGACCAUGAGAAGCAGCGAUGAUUAUCCCGUAUCACAGGAAAUCUGAGUAAUAGUACUUAUUUAUAUUUGUUCACAUUUUAUGUUUUUCAACCCUCUUAACAUUUGUGAUUUUACCCCCCUGUGAGGGAAGCAGGGAAGGUGCCAUUCUGCUCACUUGGGCCAGAGCAGUGCCACUAGAACCCAGGAACUCGGGUCUCCUUGCCCAGUGCUUUUCAAAACUCUGCCACACAGGGGUGGAUCCAGGCCUGAACAAUAUACAAUUCGGGGAGCCCUCCUUAAGAAAAAGAAUUCAAAAAUAUCUUACUUCUACAAAUAUUACAAACACAGAUUACCAUGUUAAUACAUGGCUAGGGACCCUCCUAAGACCUUAAGAAGGAACCGUGCCAGUGCAGGGCCCUGAAUGGUAAGCCUCCUUGGCUCCAUGGUUCAGGUGCUGCUCCAGCCUGUCACAGUUGUCACAGUGCCCUUCCCAGCCACAGCUCCAGCCAUGGGGACUCCGCUACCUCUCACGCAGCCUGCUCCAUUUUGAUUGAGUUCUGUGAGAAAUUUUCUGAUACCAAGUUGAAAUCUGCUUCUUGAAAUUAUUACCACACCUAGAUUAUUAUGUUAAAAGAAAUAAUGUGCACAAGGCAGGUACCUGGUUCCGUGAAGAGAGAAACCGCCCUGAUUCUA